AUGUGUGAAGGUUCUGUGUGCUAUUUUUGCAACAAGAAAAGUUGGGUGUCUUGCGGUGCCGAGUGUGAAGAGCACACCAAGCUUGCAAUGGGCUCUACCCCAAAAGAAAUGUGGUGCGACUGCGCCAAUGUGUUCGAUGAAGCAUCAAAGUAUCCACCAAGUGCUGGUACUGGACACCGUAGAAGCUCAUCCAUCAUUUCCGUGACUUCUAUUAAUGGCGAUGAUGAGCUCUCAAUGUUGAGAGAGAUACAUGAUACCGAGGUUUUGAGACAAAUCGAGGUUGAAGAUAUGAUCACCAAACCCCGCGAUGUUAUUAAUACUGCUCAUGAAAUGCAAUCCUCAGAAGGGAUGCUUUGA